ACUUAUAGGUGUUAUAAAUGUUAUAUAUAAGCACACUCCUAGUGCAUGGAAAGGUCAGCCCAGCGCUCUGCCAAACGGGCUGGAGCUGAACUUUCCUGUUUAGCUAAGCCAUGGAAUGCCUGUACCGGUGAGGAUCCCAGAGCGGACAGCGGAGCGCCGGGCACGGAGCGUUCCCUCGGGAAAACGGUGCGGGAGCCGCGGGCCGGGCGGGUCCUCCCGCCGCCCCCGCCACAGAGCGGGGCCAGAGCGCCGCCGCCGCGCUUCCGUUUCCCCCGCCGCCAUCUUCGGCACGGGCACUUCCCCCGCCGCGGACACACCGCGCCUCCCACCGCCGGGCAGAACCCGAGGCGGCCGCGCUGCGAGCCGCCCUCGGGCAGCGGGGAGUGUAUUUAUCCUCCGAGGAGGGACGUUUCUGCCGCUGUCCUCCCGAGCUCCACGGGGGUUGCAUGACUCUUUGGCGAUGAACGCGGCCAGAAGUGGCUACCGGGUCUUCUCGGCCAACUCCACCGCAGCCUCCACCGAGCUGGCGAAGAAGAUCACGGAGCGUCUCGGUGCUGAGCUGGGGAAAUCUGUGGUGUACCAGGAAACCAAUGGAGAAACAAGAGUUGAAAUAAAAGAGUCUGUCCGUGGACAGGAUAUCUUCAUCAUACAGACAAUCCCCAGAGAUGUGAAUACUGCUGUCAUGGAGCUGCUGAUCAUGGCCUAUGCACUGAAGACUUCCUGUGCCAGGAACAUCAUUGGGGUCAUCCCUUACUUCCCCUACAGCAAACAGAGCAAAAUGAGGAAGAGGGGCUCCAUAGUGUGCAAGCUGCUGGCUUCAAUGCUUGCCAAGGCAGGUUUAACACACAUUAUCACAAUGGACCUGCAUCAAAAGGAAAUCCAAGGCUUCUUCAGCUUUCCAGUAGACAACCUGAGAGCAUCCCCUUUCUUGCUUCAGUAUAUACAGGAAGAAAUUCCAGAUUACAGAAAUGCAGUUAUUGUAGCCAAAUCUCCUGGUGCUGCUAAAAGGGCUCAGUCUUACGCCGAGAGGCUGCGCCUGGGGCUGGCAGUGAUCCAUGGAGAGGCUCAGUGCACAGAGCAGGACAUGGACGACGGGCGUCACUCCCCGCCGAUGCUCAAAAAUGCCACAGUGCAUCCUGGCCUGGAGCUGCCAUUGAUGAUGGCCAAGGAGAAACCGCCGAUAACCGUGGUUGGAGACGUUGGAGGAAGAAUUGCCAUCAUUGUGGAUGACAUCAUCGAUGAUGUGGAAAGCUUUGUAGCUGCUGCAGAGAUCCUGAAAGAGCGUGGAGCCUACAAGAUUUUUGUGAUGGCUACUCAUGGGCUCCUGUCAGCAGAUGCUCCCCGUCUCAUAGAGGAAUCCUCCAUCGAUGAGGUGGUAGUGACCAACACUGUUCCCCACGAGGUGCAGAAGCUGCAGUGCCCCAAGAUAAAGACUGUGGAUAUCAGUUUGAUCCUGUCGGAAGCCAUCCGGCGAAUCCACAACGGCGAGUCCAUGGCUUAUCUCUUCCGUAACAUCACUGUCGAUGACUAGACCUGAGCCUGCCCCAUCCUGGAUUCCACAAGAGAGGGAAAUCUGCAUGGAAAGGCAAUACCAUAAAACAUAGGCAUAACACAACUGUUUAUUUUUGUAGGAGCAUUGAGGUUUUCAGGGUCUUGAGCCGUGAGAUCUAAUAGAAAAAAAAUCAACCUGACCAGCACUUUACAAGUGAAUAGAAGGGGCCACUGGCAGUGGGGGGAUUGCAGCUUAAUUAAGAGAGAUGGAGAAGUGAGACGGUGUUGAAUUUUUAAGUUCUUUUAAUGAUUUUUUUUAGUGUGUUAUCUCUUGCCCUGUAGGGGCAGGAAGAAAAGCUAAACAGAAGUAGCUGUCAGCUUGUGAGAAGGGAACAGAGACUGUUCAUUGCUGUGUGGGCAGCGAGAGCAGCCUUUGGUGUUGUUUCUGCCUGUAUCUUGCCCCAGAGCAUGGAAGGGAAUGUUCAGGCUGUGCUGCUGGCAGAGCUGAGCCAACAGCAGCUCCGUGCCAGCUCAGUGGCCUCUCCUCUCCUGCACAGCAGAGCAGGGACUUUCAUCCAAACUAAGUUAGCGGAACAUCCUGAAAGGACAGCUUAGGGCAACCCAUUGGCAGGGCUGCUCCCAUCCCUGGGUCAGGGAGCUGGGAACAGGCUCACGUGUGUGUCCCAGCAGAGCAGGGAGUGCUAGUUAAUGUGUUGGCCUUUUCAUCUUGCGAGCUUUGGAUCAUUUCUUGCUCUUCAGUGACGAGUCUCGUGAGGGUCCUGGUCCUCCCUGGAACACUUGUCUGCACUGCACAACCAGGCACGAUUCUUGGAGUUGCCUGGGGCUGAGUUUGUGCAGAGUCUUGUGGGGAAGGGAAGUUGGAACAAUAUCUGCUUCUAAUGCAGCUGUGCUCUCCAAAACACUAACACUGAACCUGCAAUAAAAAGUGUAAGAUUUUUCAGCUCUGGUGCUUCCUGUGAAUCCUGUGCCCUCUGAAGAGCUGCUGUGUCUGUUCAGUGGGGCUGUGGCUGUAACAAGCCCCACUUGGCAGCUUGCAGCCUUCUUCCACAGGGAAGUAGGACUGGAUCCUUUCUUGAGUGAUUAGUUUUUGGGUGGAGGGUACACUUAAGGAAGCAGCACAAGAUGCAUGGGAGGGCUUUGUCUCUAGCAUGAUAUAAGGAUAAACUCCCACAAACUGAUCUUUAUCCUUGAGGAGACACAAUCACUCCAGAAAAACCCACACUACUAGUCUGCUGAUGUGAGGAACAAAUAAAAGCUGCUGGAAGCAGUUGCUUCAACAGCACAGGAAAUGUUUAGUUGUUUAGUUUUGGUUAUCCUUACUCUACACCCUUCUAUUCAAUUCCAACAUCUAAAAUGUGCCAAGGGGCCAGCAGUGACUAAGCAGGACAAGGCUUGAACACCAGGCAAACAAACAGACCUCGGCGUGGAGUGCUUGGACCACCUUCAGUAUCCAGCAUGGAUUAAACCUCCAUGCCAAAUUCCAUGAGGGAUGUGUGGGACUGGAUGAGGUAUCAAGGCUGCUGAUGGGUUUUGCUGCAUUUUCAAACUACCAUAGACAAAUCUCAGCUGCACUCUGUGACACAGCCUGGCUCCUCGGCUUGGAGGGGUAACAUGAUGCUGUACUGCAAGCACUGAAUGGAUCAUCUGGAGCUGCAGAGUCCUUGCAGAUGGCUUUGCCCCCUUUCUUCUGAACCAGUUCUGGACAGUGUUCUUCGAUCUGGAAGCCAAGGUUAAAAAUGUGAGCAGUAUUGGUGUUCUCUCCCCUUCAAAGUCCUUGUCAGAUCUGUCAGGAGCAAGGCUGGGGCUGGUUGAGGGUUGUUGCCCCAUUCAGGCUUGCUUUUGCUUUGCUAUAUUUGGGUACAAGCCAUGGAAUCACAGCACCACAGAGCUGAGGGUUGUGCCUGUGUGCCCUGGGCCAUUUUCCUGAGUGAAUGUUUUAUGGUUGCUUAAAGAAUCACCAGCAAAGGUAUCGGCAAAAGCAGGUUUAGUAUAGAAGUGAAAGUUCCACAAAGUUGUUGGCAAGGUUCACUCUACUACUUACUACAUGGUAAAAGUAAACUAAAAUCCAAAACCAAUCAAUCUAAACCCAAAAUCAAUCCAAAAAUUGUCUGCAUUGAGGCUUGGGAGGGGGAAAGGUCAAGGAUAAAAAAGAAACACAAGAUGAGUCACAAGGCUCAGAGCAGACUCCCUUGCAAAACUGAGCCCCAGACUUGACCAACAGUUGAGGCCCAAAGGUUUAACAGCAUGAGCUCUUAAGCUGUUGCUUCUGCUGAAGUUAAACAAUUUAACAAUUUCAUAUAGCAUUUACUUAAAAAUCUAAAGUACUUAAGAAUCUAGGAAAGCAACAUCCAUAGUAUAUUUGCUAUAGUGCAUUCCCACUCACACACAGACCUGAAGGAGCCUGAAAAAUUCCCCUCGAGCUCCAGGAAAUAUUCACAUUGGCUGUCUUUGCAUCUUCUCAACAGGCAAAGGGUUGAGCCUCGAGGAAUGGUCAUAAUUCCUUUCUAUCCUGGCCACAAUUCAGGUCAGCAGCUUUCUUUAAAAGUGUGAUAACAAAAAUGUUGUUCCUCUUGGGUUGUUAUUCAGGCAAGAAAAAUCAUUUUCCAAGGCUGUUUGUUAAAAAACAGGAGCUUGUUAGGCAGCACAAGUUCCUGGGAGCAGACAGUGUUUUUUGAUAAGAUUGGGAGCUGCUCAGCCCAGGUGCUGUUCUCAAGGCCAAGGCCUAACAAGCAUUUCUCAGCUCAUAGUGCAGCUCAGGAGCCAGGGAGGAGGCAUCACCAGAAUCCACCCCACGACUAAAAACAACUUCUCUUGCUCCACAGAGUGGCCAUGUGGUCACCUCUUGCCUCUGUGCCUACAAAUAGGGAUAUCUUAUGUCCAGCUUAAAAAUUGUGAGAAAUUUUUGAUCAGGUUAGCUAAAUACUGUGAUUUUUAAGACUGUUGAAUGUGAGGGAAUAAUAUUAUGUAUGCAAGGACAUCUGUGGGAUAGUGCUACCUGUCUAGCUAAUAUAAACACUCCAACACAUAGAACACUACAGUACAUUGUCCUGGACAACAUAGAGCAUAAAGUGACAGAAAUCAGCAAAAUUACAACAGGAUGCAACACUAGAUCUGGAAUUGCUGUUGCAGUGGGUGAUCACCCAAACACAACCCCACCAGUGAUGUUCUCAUUUCUCAUCACGUGAUGUAUCUCUUCUGUAUUUGAUGAACAGUGAUUAGAGCUCUGUGUCCAUUGCUUCAGACAUCUUCCAGCAAUCAACACAGCACGUCAUGCUGCAGUAAUUUUUCCACCAGUGCAAGGUUCAUUCCAGUGGGGGUGAGCAGGAGAUCUUGCUGGGAUGUGUAGGUAGAUUGUAACAAUUUGUGGGUUGUGAUGGAACUGAAUAGUUGAAGUCACAUCCCUGAAUAGUUGAAGUCACAUCCCCUAAUUGUGGAGAAAACUACAACCCCAAAUGUUUGAGUGAUGGCUUAUUUUUACAGUGGUGUGGUCUCUAUGGAAUCACAAAUAGUUCUUACUCUUCUCAAUGUAUAUAAAUACAGUUUCAAGCAUUUCAGCAGGACGUAGUUCAAAAUGACAAACAUCUUGUUCCGUGCCAAGAUAAAUGUCUCGGGCAUUAGUGGUGUUACUUUCCCAAAUAAAUUCCUGUUGUUCUGUACCACACACACAUCAACAGUGACAGCUUGCCAUUUGUUCCCAUUUUGUUGGGCCCAUACUCUGUGUUAUAUUUGAAAUAAUUCCACGAUGGUUUAACCCCAGUGCAAUGGUUGGGUGUAUUGUUAAAGCAAAAGCUAUGGGUUUGCUGUUGGUAGGGUCAGAAGUGAACUAGAUGCCACCAAGGUUGAAAUUCUCAUUAAAAUUUGCAUUAUCCCUGA